AAACUGAGCCCCAAAGAACUACAAUUUAGCGAAGUUUGGGGUCGUACGGUGGGGUCAUAUAUAAACAGGAGUUCAUUAAUCGACCGCAGUUCAACAUUCGGCACACGACGGAUAAGCAAGAUGAAGGACUUCAGUAUACAGAGCAUUUUGGCGGACACCGCCAAACAUAAGACUAAAAGCGAGUCAACCGAUUUGGUAGUUCCUGGAAAGCGGAUAAAUUUAACAAGAUUGAAACGUCAUUUAUGUAUAACUGACAACUCGAUGAAAACAGUUGACGGAGGUGAAUGCAGCGGUAGGAAUUCGAGGAGAAUCAGUAACAUUGGCACGGAGGACGAACAGUUUUUCAUCCAGAAACUUUAUAUAAAUUUCGAGCAAGAAACGUUUGAUAUAAUCGAUGAAGAGGAAAAUUUAGCGACAUUACGCGAAAGAAAAUGUAAACGCAAUGAUGGAGAGCCUUCGGAAGGUGUUACGCAAACAAAGAUUGAUUUAUGUGAAGGAAAUGGUGCUGAGAUAACAGAGGAAUAUGGUGCGAAGGGUAAAGUCAAGUCGCGAUCAUUUGGAAAUGGUGUACGCUGCAAAAACGAAAACGAGCAUAGCUUGUCCGAGGAUUCUAUGGAUGAUCAUCAGAGAAGGAGUUCCUCGCGGAAAGUGAAGACGAGUAAAAUAAAGUAUGAAGGAAAUUCGGGGAAGAAUGAUCACGAUCGCGCGAAUUGUUUGAAUGAAACGCGCGGCAGUAGAUUACUGGAAAACCAAUACGAACGUUUAAAAGAUGACGAGAAAUCAAUAGUGCAAAGUGAUUGUUUGUUAGCAAAUGAUGCGAAGAAAAAUAUAAACGAUUUCUUUAAAGACGGCACGGAGAGUUUGCAGGAACUGCGAAGUGAAUUAGAAUGGCUUCAUUGCACGAGAUAUAAACCGCCGAAGGUUCCUAGGAGAUCAAGGACUGAUCAGCAUAAAAGGAAAGCUAGUCUCCAUCCCAGAAUACCAUUUUCGUCGUAUCAAAUCGACGUUCUCGAAAGAAGAUUUCACGACAGUGCUUACGUUUCGAAAAACGACGUACUCGAUCUUUCGGCCGCUUUAACGCUUCCUCCUAAGAAGGUAAAAAUUUGGUUUCAAAAUCGACGCGCUAGAGAGAGACGUGAGUCCCACGGUAACUUGUGAUAAAUAAAAUAAUAUCGUACAGUGUACACUAUUAACAAAUUAUUCUAUUACUAUAAAUGUUUUAGUCAUUACUGAAUUACUACACUUAUUUACUGUAAAUAAAUAUCUAUAUUUGUAAAACUAAAGAAUAAAGGUAUAUUUUUCAUUAU